AUGAAACGAAGUCGUGAGGAUGUACCGAGUAGAGAUGCACAAGAUCAGCAGAAAACUUCUGAGGAGGGACAGAAAUUAAUAGAGGAGAUUGUAACAGUGGAAGAGACACACUCUAUUCUUGUUCGCUUCCCUUGUUUAGACUUCUUUAGAGAUGCACGUUUGUGUGAGGUUACUGUAGGCUCUAAAGAAGCUGAGGGCGACAAUAGUAAUCAUGAUAAAAAUAAUGAAAAUAAUAAGAAUAGUGAGGGUGAUGAAAACACCAGUGUCAAUAAUAAUAAUAAUAAUAUUAAUAAUAAUAACAGGAACAAUGGGAACGAAACGAAGUAUUUUUCUCCAGAUGCCGUCACGUUUAAAGAUGGAACACUCGAAACGGAUCAUCCCAUUGUGUUGGUGCACACACAGCACUAUGGAAUAAUGGAGUUUGAAGGGACCUGGUGUGAUGUACAUGUCCCUCAAACCUCUACAACACCUUUAAGUAACCGCGUGGUUGUGCAAUUGUGUGAGAAAUCUUCUGAACAAGCUCUUCUUGACGGUAUCAGUACUAAUGGUGAGAGUCAAAUGAAAGAAUCACAACAUGGCACAGUUGUGGAUGCGAAGAGUGUAGGGGCGGGAGUGGAAGUCGCUAGUCUGUUGAAGCACCCCUCUGUGGGUGUCACUGCAGAUGAUGCCCGUGGACUGCAGGCGGCUCGCAAUGCAUCGUGGGCGUACGGGCGAAUAGAUGUUCCAUGUGCGACGUUGGUGUUGCACCGUGUUAAGUAA